CUUGUCGAUGUCUACUGCUUCACUUACUACCAACUUGAUAAAAGAUGAGUGAGGAACGCCUCAACCAGAAAACUAUAGACGACAUGGCCUCUGAAGUUGCACACCUACACAGUACAAACACAUCUCCACACAGUCCAUCGAUACACGCGGCUGGAACAGAUCAGGGCGAUCAUGCCUAUUUUGGCGUUGAUCAGAUAGCGUGCAUGGAACCGAUUGGCUCAGAGUUCCGGCGAGAAUCUUUUUUGACUGAGUUUUCCCAGUCUCGAGGUCCACCCCAAAUUGUACUCUUGAUUAUUCUACUGGCUCUAGGAUUUGGUUCGACUAUCGGUGUGGUACCUGCAGUAAUGACGGAUCGAUAUGCGCGCCUUAAUCAUGACUAUUCCGACCAAACCUACUGUGCUGACUAUUCGAUGAACGAUAAGCCAAAGGCAUGUUUGCUUGGGUCUGCCGAUGCGCAGAAUGCCGUUGCGUUUGAGCAACUUAUUUCGAAUAUCUUUACUUUCUUUACAAGCUCACUGAUAGGAUCUCUUAGCGACGAAUACGGCAGAAAAGGAAUUCUGACGUUGGGAGUCCUCAUGUCGACCAUGUCUCCCCUUUGUCUGUUGCUCAUACAGCUCCGGCCAGAAAUGAGUCCCUUUUGGUACUACACCGUUGGCGCUGUUCAGGGGUUGAUCAGUUGGAUCACCAUUGCACUUUCUGCACUUUCGGAUGUCAUGCCUCCCAAAUGGCGAGCGCCAAGUUUUGGCUUACUGCUAGCAGGCUUUUCCUUGGGAUUUGCCAUGGCUCCCCAAUUGGCCCUUAUUCUUGGUCAUUUUUAUGUCACUGUCGUUUCUCUCUUCAUGGUUCUGUCGGGAUUGCUUAUUGUGGUGUUUUUCUUCCCCGAAACUUUGCGCCCCGAAACGGCGCGCGAAGCCCGUCGUGUGCGUGAAGCGCAAGUGGAGGAUCUUUCUGCAUCAAAAUUAGCACUAUCAAAUAUUUUGAGGCCGAUGAGGGAGCUGUCUAUUCUAAAUCGAAACCGCCUUUUCCGUUUGUUGUCGCUUUUGGCAUUUUUUAGUGGUCUGGUAACCGCAGGAGACCGAACACUUCUUAUUUACUACAUUGAAGAACGUUUAGGCUUCGGCGACAAAGACAUUGCGACCAUGUUCAUGAUCAUGGGCGUUCUGGGUAUAUUUGUCCAGGGCGUCGUCUUGAAAUUACUGAACGAGGCUAUUGGAGAGCGAAUGGUUGUCACAUUAUGCUUCUGCCUUGGAUCAUUUCACAAUUUGCUUUACGGCCUCGCCAAAGACAAAACCACUAUCUUCCUUGCGGUUGCCAUUUCUGCCUUCGGGGGGAUGGCAUUUCCGACAAUUUCUGCGAUCAAGGCCAACAAUGUUAAUGAGUCCGAGCAAGGCAGAAUUCAAGGAGCACUUUUUUCACUCCAAGCACUCGCAUCAGCCACUGGUCCCAUGCUUCUUCGAUUCAUCUACCAUCUCACAAAAGACGGUGCCUUUCUCGGUCCUGGUUCAAUGUUUGUAGUGGCUUCGGGAAUAUACCUGAUUGCGGUAUAUUGCGCUUACUCUCUGCCGGAUGAAGCAAACUCGCUGCGCAAAGAGAGGCCGUUUGCCGACGUUGAUAUGGACGAACCCUCUUCAAAUAUGCCUCUAUUAUAGCUUCGUGGCGAGACUAUAUACUUUGAAUUUCGUUCGUUAAUUUUUAGAGGAUUGCUCCCAGAAGAAGGUACUCAAGAAGGUUUAAAAGGUAAUCGUCCAGAGUUUAUCGGAUCCUAUCGAAGUCGUCAGUUCUGCAGCCAGAAUGCCAUAUCUUGGAGCAAAUACCCCUAAGCUGGUAAAUGCUACCUCUAUGCUAUACCUUCG